AUGGAUGAAUUUCGAGAUUCUCAAAAGAAAAGAAUUCAAGAGGCAUUAGAUAUGGGAGAGCUUAUAAUCGGUACUGAUUUGCAUCAAAAAGUUGGUCUUAUAAGAGCCAUUGAUACUCGUUGGGGAUCUCACUACAAAUCUUUUAGUAAUUUUAUUUUUAUGUUUGGCUCUAUUAUUGAUGUUCUUGAUUCACUUGUUGUUGAUGCAUAUUCUACAGAUGAAACAACUAAGGCAACAGGAUAUCUCAAAGCUUGUCAAACAUUUAAUAUUGCUUUUAUGUUGCAUUUGAUGAGAGACAUCUUAGGAAUCACGGAUGAGCUUAAUAAAUCUUUGCAAAAGAAAGAACAAGAUAUUGCAAAUGCUAUGUUACUAGUUGAAGUAGCAAAGAGAAGAUUGCAAAUACUAAGAGAUGAUGGAUGUGAUGCACUCAUUGAUAAGAUAUCCACAUUUUUAACAAACGUAACAUUUUUUUUACCUAAUUUUGAUGAGCCAUAUGUUAAUUCUGGAAGAUCAAGGCGUAAACCUGCUGAUUAUACAGUCUUACAUUAUUAUCAUGUUGAAGUAUUUUGUAAGAUUAUUGAUUGGCAACUUUAA